ACCGACACACCUGCUGAUGAUUGCCAUUCCCACAACCAGACCACACGAUCCACGACCACUUUCAUUUGACAAACACGACGUCGCUGCCAUUUUCGAAACACCUGGAAUCCGAAAUCAGAUCGAGCAUUCUGUCGACAUCUAGCUGGGCUCUUGAACAACCGAUUUCGACAGCCAGCACAAUCGCAGUGUUUUGACUUCUGAGAGACGUCGCAUAUUCAGCCACACGAAAAGAGAACGCAUUGAUCGAUCGACGACGACAUAGCCUCCCUGCUGUACAUUGAUCAACCACAAAUCGACCCAUCAAAUAGAACAUUCGAAGUUCAAAGACGGAUGAUUGAUUGAAGGAGCACACAAUACACCCAAACGCCGCCAGUCGAAAGGCAGCGAAGACACAAGGAAUCAACCGACCACAAGCGGGCACCGACGCCGUCGGUAAAAUCCGUCUGCAUGGCCCAAGGCUUGGGCACGAUCUUCGCGGAGUUGGGGAUCUUGCAAUACCUGGAUACCUUCGUCGAGCAAGGCUUCGAUACAUGGGCUACCAUCUUGGAUAUAACAGAAUCAGACCUCGAUGCUCUGGGAGUGAAGCUAGGCCACCGAAGGAAACUUCAAAGGCGGAUUGCGAACUCGAGAGGGCUGGCCCCAGAUGCCUCACUUGUGUCUCCUAUCCGAGCAAGUGUUGAGGAUACUCGUACAGAAAAUACCAAACCAGAACCGAUCAAGCAAGAUUCGAAGGACAUUGCUGUCGUUACGAAGCGAAAGUACCGACGACACCCCAAGCCGGACGAGAAUGCACCCGAGAGGCCGCCGUCCGCAUAUGUGUUGUUCUCAAAUAAAAUGCGCGAUGACUUAAAGGGUCGCAAUCUAACCUUUACCGAGAUCGCAAAGCUUGUAGGAGAGAAUUGGCAGAGUCUGUCACCUGUCGAAAAGGAGCCCUUCGAGACACAGGCAUUGAACGCCAAGGAAAAGUACAACCAAGAUCUGGCAGAGUACAAGAAAACAUACGACUACAAGAAGUAUGCCCAGUAUCUCCAUGACUUCAAGCAGAAGCAGCUUCACCAAAACCAAGCUGGAUGCCAAUGCUACCAGAGUUCAUCAUGGCAGCAGUGCUAG